AUGCUGAUGGGUCUAAACGCUGUGUUUUGCAAGCCCAUGGACUCUGUGCUGCCGAUUCUAGCGGCCCACUGGCUCCACGUCUCGACUUCUGGCUUGAAAGAAGAAGACAAUGAGAAUAUGAAGAAGGCCAUGUUCCAACUGCUUGUGGCCCCCCCCGUCGUGCUAUGCAUCGUUCAAAUGUGGAGCUGGAGCAAAUACACACUCACACCCGACGCCAUGGCCGCCAUCGAAGCCCAACUAGCCCAACUUCGCGCCACUCCAGCUACUAGUAUUACUACUACUAGUAUUACUACGACGACGACGACAGGGACGACGAAGAUGGAAGCGGAUGCGAAGGAGGAACAAGGCACGAAGUUGUUGUUGUUCGUGUGA